AUGUACACAAAAGCUCCUCCUAUGCCUGGUCAAUUUGAGAACUGCGAGAUCUGCAGCAAGCGCUUCACUGUUACGCCUUACAGCAAGAGCGGACCCGACGGAGGACUGGUGUGCACACCCUGUGGCAAGGAUCUCGCCAAAGAGGGAGAUGCGGCAACUGGAAAGAAGGCAAGAAAGCCACCAGCUGGAAGGAAGAGACGCCAGGUGGAAAGUGAGCGUCUGAACGGUAUCGCCGUUGGUGGUGCAAAGUCGCUGCAGCAACUCUGCAUCGAGAAGGUCGCACAAUACCACGAAGACGUCGACGAGCUAGGCGAACUGCCAGAACCUGUCAUGCUGCGAUUGGCUGAGAUCUUCGCAAAGAAGCGCGUUCUGAACCCGAAGACAUUGAAGCUCUUUGUGCGACCUGAUUCGGAUGCUGUCUGUAUUCAUGAUGCCGCAUACCUAGAAGUCGAGGACUACCAAGGUAUUUGCGCUGUGGCUCCUGGACUCAAGAAGCUCGUCAUUCGCAACGCUUGCCAGCUCAAAGAUGAAGCCAUUGAGUACAUGAUGGACAAAUGCGACUCGAUCAACUUCAUUCAGUUCUAUGCUGCCAACCUGGUGUCGGACGAGAUGUGGCGCAAGCUUUUCCAGCGAUACGGCAAGCAACUGACAACAGUGAAACUUUCAUGGUUGGAUGCCUCUUUCGACGACGACACUGUCCGCGAAUUGGUCCAGAACUGCCCGAAUCUCGUUCGCCUCAAGCUCAAGCUUUGUCGCAAGCUCACCGAAGAGUCCAUCAUCGCUCUCGCUGGUCUGACUAAUCUUGAGCAUCUGUCGUUGCAGACUGGUGUCCAACCAUCACCAGAGACUGCUAUCGACCUCAUCAAAUCCGUCGGUCCCAAACUACGCACUCUCUCCUUCGAAGACUUCCUUGAUCUCGACGAUGCAGUUCUUGCUCAGAUCAAGGAGUCUUGCAACAAGCUUGAAAAAUUCCGCCUGCAGAUGAAUGAUGUCGCUAGCGAUGCUGCUUACGCCAAUCUCUUCACCAACUGGAAGAACCCACCCCUUACCUUCGCCGACUUCAGUGGGACUCGCGAUGUCGACAACAGCAACNCCCAAGGACCUGAAGAGGCUAUCGGCUUAGCUUCUGCUGGUUUCAAAGCCCUGAUGGCACAUUCUGGUUCAGCUCUGCGCACUCUUGAUAUCGCCUCUUGCCGACACAUCAGCCUGGAAGCUUUCCUAGAUGUUUUCGGCAGCGGCAUCAAGUAUCCCAAUCUUGAGACUAUAAACUUCAGCUUCUGCAGUGCUGCUGAUACAUCUGUAGUCGCUGGUGUGUUCCAGAGCUGUCCUGCCAUCAAAAAGGUCAUUGCCUUUGGCUGUUUCGACGUCACUGAUGUCGUUGUCCCUAGAGGUAUUGCUCUAAUCGGUGUACCCAAGGCUCAGGAUGCCAUCGAGCAGAUUGGUACCGGCAUCGACGUCCGCGAAGCUCUGAACCGCAUGAUCGAUGUCGGCGCUUGA